UAGUCCUCUGCUCUUGUUUUACUACUCUUACUAAAAGUUUUUUUAAAAAAGAAAAGUCUUAGCUACUAGCUUGCUCCAUUUAUAAUCCCUUCACUCAACUUUCUUGUUUUACUACUCUCACUAAACGUCUUUUCAUGGAAAUGGAGACAAAAGCUGGAAAGCAAAAGAAGAGAAGUGUUGACUCGGAUGAUGAUGUCUCUAAGGAAAGGAGACCAAAGCGAGCAGCAGCUUGCACAAACUUCAAGGAGAAAUCUCUCCGUAUCUCUGACAAAUCUGAAACUGUUGAAGCUAAGAAAGAGCAGAUCUUGGCGGAGGAGAUCGUGGCCAUACAGUUAACUUCUUCUUUGGAGAGCAAUGAUGAUCCUCGUCCAAACCGGAGGCUGACUGAUUUCGUUUUACAUGAUUCAGAAGGAGUUCCACAGCCUGUGGAGAUGUUGGAACUUGGUGACAUAUUUAUUGAAGGUGUUGUCUUACCUUUAGGUGAUGAGAAAAAGGAAGAAAAGGGUGUCAGGUUUCAAUCUUUUGGUCGAGUAGAGAACUGGAAUAUAUCUGGUUAUGAAGAUGGUUCCCCGGUGAUAUGGAUUUCAACGGCGUUAGCGGAUUACGAUUGCCGUAAACCUUCUAAGAAAUACAAGAAAUUAUAUGAUUAUUUCUUUGAGAAAGCUUGUGCUUGUGUGGAGGUGUUUAAGAGUUUGUCCAAGAAUCCGGAUACAAGUCUUGAUGAGCUUCUUGCGGCGGUUUCUAGGUCGAUGAGCGGAAGCAAGAUCUUUUCUAGCGGUGGAGCCAUCCAAGAGUUUGUUAUAUCCCAAGGAGAAUUCAUAUAUAACCAACUCGCUGGAUUGGAUGAGACAGCCAAGAAUCAUGAAACAUGCUUUGUUGAGAAUCGUGUUCUUGUUUCUCUAAGAGACCAUGAGAGUAAUAAAAUUCACAAGGCUUUGUCUAAUGUGGCUCUGAGGAUUGAUGAGAGCAAGGUCGUGACAUCUGAUCAUCUGGUGGAUGGUGCCGAGGACGAGGACGUAAAAUAUGCUAAGCUAAUCCAAGAAGAAGAGUAUCGGAAAUCUAUGGAGCGGUCGAGAAAUAAGAGAAGCUCAACAACUUCUGGUGGUUCAAGCAGGUUUUACAUUAAGAUCAGUGAAGAUGAGAUUGCCGAUGAUUAUCCUCUCCCGUCUUACUAUAAGAACACCAAAGAAGAAACAGAUGAGCUUGUUCUCUUUGAAGCUGGCUAUGAGGUUGAUACAAGAGACCUACCUUGCAGAACACUGCAUAAUUGGACUCUUUACAACUCUGAUUCACGGAUGAUAUCUUUAGAGGUUCUUCCCAUGAGGCCGUGUGCUGAGAUCGAUGUCACCGUCUUUGGGUCAGGUGUUGUUGCUGAAGAUGAUGGAAGCGGGUUUUGUCUCGAUGAUUCGGAGAGCUCUACCUCUACGCAAUCAAAUGAUCAUGAUGGGAUGAAUAUAUUCCUUAGUCAGAUAAAGGAAUGGAUGAUUGAGUUUGGGGCAGAAAUGAUCUUUGUCACAUUACGAACUGACAUGGCCUGGUACCGACUUGGGAAACCGUCAAAGCAAUAUGCUCCUUGGUUUGGAACUGUUAUGAAAACAGUAAGGGUUGGCAUAAGCAUUUUCAAUAUGCUCAUGAGGGAAAGUAGGGUUGCUAAGCUUUCAUAUGCAAAUGUCAUAAAAAGACUUUGUGGGUUAGAGGAGAACGAUAAAGCUUACAUUUCUUCUAAGCUCUUGGAUGUUGAGAGAUAUGUUGUCGUCCAUGGACAAAUUAUCUUGCAGCUUUUCGAAGAGUAUCCUGACAAGGAUAUCAAAAGGUGUCCAUUUGUUACUAGUCUUGCAAGUAAAAUGCAGGAUAUACACCACACAAAAUGGAUCAUCAAGAAGAAGAAGAAAAUUCUGCAAAAGGGAAAGAAUUUGAAUCCGAGGGCGGGGAUUGCACCUGUGGUAUCCAGAAUGAAAGCUAUGCAAGCAACAACAACUCGCCUCGUCAAUAGGAUUUGGGGAGAGUUUUACUCCAUUUACUCUCCUGAGGUUCCAUCGGAGGCCAUUAAUGCUGAAAAUGUGGAGGAAGAGGAGCUUGAAGAGGUAGAAGAGGAGGACGAGAAUGAGGAAGAUGAUCCAGAGGAGAAUGAACUAGAAGCUGUUGAGAUUCAAAAUUCUCCUACUCCUAAGAAAAUUAAAGGUAUUUCUGAAGAUAUGGAAAUAAAAUGGGAUGGUGAGAUUCUUGGCAAAACUUCUGCUGGUGAGCCUCUCUAUGGAAGAGCCUUUGUUGGAGGGGAUGUGGUGGUGGUAGGUAGUGCAGUCAUCUUGGAAGUUGAUGAUCAAGAUGAUACUCAAUUGAUCUGUUUUGUGGAGUUCAUGUUCGAGAGUUCAAACCACAGCAAGAUGCUACAUGGGAAACUCUUACAAAGAGGAUCUGAGACUGUUCUAGGAAUGGCUGCUAACGAGAGGGAACUGUUCUUGACUAAUGAAUGUCUUACUGUCCAGCUUAAGGACAUAAAAGGAACAGUUAGUCUCGAGAUUCGAUCAAGGCUGUGGGGGCAUCAAUACAGGAAAGAGAACAUCGAUGUGGAUAAGCUUGACCGGGCAAGAGCAGAAGAAAGAAAAACUAAUGGUUUGCCAACAGACUACUACUGCAAAAGUUUGUACUCACCUGAGAGAGGUGGAUUCUUUAGUCUUCCAAGAAAUGAUAUGGGUCUAGGUUCUGGAUUCUGUAGUUCAUGUAAGAUAAGAGAGAAUGAAGAGGAAAGGUCAAAAACUAAACUCAAUGAUUCAAAGACAGGAUUUCUCUCCAAUGGGAUAGAGUAUCAUAAUGGAGAUUUUGUCUAUGUACUCCCCAACUACAUAACUAAAGAUGGAUUGAAGAAGGGUAGUAGAAGAACAACUCUUAAGUGUGGUCGGAACGUUGGGUUAAAAGCUUUUGUUGUUUGCCAAUUGCUGGAUGUUAUUGUUCUAGAAGAAUCUAGAAAAGCUAGUAAGGCUUCAUUUCAGGUUAAACUGACAAGGUUUUAUAGGCCCGAGGACAUUUCAGAAGAAAAGGCCUAUGCUUCAGACAUCCAAGAGUUGUAUUAUAGCCAGGAUACAUAUAUUCUCCCUCCGGAAGCUAUACAGGGAAAAUGUGAAGUAAGGAAGAAAAGUGAUAUGCCCCUAUGUCGUGAGUAUCCAAUUUUAGACCAUAUCUUCUUCUGUGAAGUUUUCUAUGAUUCCUCUACUGGUUAUCUCAAGCAGUUUCCGGCGAAUAUGAAGCUGAAGUUCUCUACUAUUAAAGAUGAAACACUUCUAAGAGAAAAGAAGGGGAAGGGAGUAGAAACUGGAACUAGUUCUGGAAUGCUUAUGAAGCCUGAUGAGGUACCUAAAGAGAAGCCUCUAGCUACACUAGAUAUUUUUGCUGGAUGUGGUGGUCUAUCUCAUGGACUAGAAAAUGCUGGUGUAUCUACUACAAAGUGGGCGAUCGAGUAUGAAGAGCCAGCUGGUCAUGCGUUUAAACAAAACCAUCCUGAAGCAACGGUUUUUGUUGACAACUGCAAUGUGAUCCUUAGGGCAAUAAUGGAGAAAUGUGGAGAUGUCGAUGAUUGUGUCUCUACUGUGGAGGCAGCUGAACUUGCAGCUAAACUUGAUGAGAACCAAAAGAGUACCCUGCCACUUCCUGGUCAAGUAGAUUUCAUCAACGGAGGGCCUCCAUGCCAGGGGUUUUCUGGUAUGAAUAGGUUCAGUCACGGCUCUUGGAGUAAAGUCCAGUGUGAAAUGAUAUUAGCAUUCUUGUCUUUUGCUGAUUAUUUCCGGCCAAAGUACUUUCUUCUCGAGAACGUGAAGAAAUUUGUGACAUACAAUAAAGGGAGAACAUUUCAACUUACUAUGGCUUCUCUUCUUGAGAUGGGUUACCAGGUAAGAUUUGGAAUCUUGGAGGCAGGUACAUAUGGAGUUUCCCAACCUCGUAAAAGAGUUAUAAUUUGGGCAGCUUCACCAGAAGAAGUUCUUCCAGAAUGGCCUGAGCCGAUGCAUGUCUUUGAUAAUCCCGGUAGUAAAAUCUCAUUACCUCGAGGUUUACGCUAUGAUGCUGGUUGUAAUACUAAAUUUGGUGCACCUUUUCGUUCAAUCACGGUGAGAGACACAAUCGGCGAUCUUCCACCAGUAGAAAACGGAGAAUCCAAGAUAAACAAAGAGUAUGGAACUACUCCAGCCUCGUGGUUCCAAAAGAAGAUAAGAGGAAACAUGAGUGUUCUCACUGAUCAUAUCUGCAAAGGGCUGAACGAACUAAACCUCAUUCGAUGUAAGAAAAUCCCAAAGAGGCCUGGUGCUGAUUGGCGUGACCUGCCGGACGAAAAUGUGACAUUAUCAAAUGGACUCGUGGAAAAAUUGCGUCCUUUAGCUCUAUCAAAGACAGCUAAAAACCACAACGAAUGGAAGGGACUCUAUGGUAGAUUGGACUGGCAAGGAAACUUACCCAUUUCCAUCACCGAUCCUCAGCCCAUGGGUAAGGUGGGAAUGUGCUUCCAUCCUGAACAGGACAGAAUAAUCACUGUCCGUGAAUGCGCCCGAUCUCAGGGGUUUCCGGAUAGCUACGAGUUUUCAGGGACGACAAAACACAAACAUAGGCAAAUUGGAAAUGCAGUCCCUCCACCAUUGGCCUUCGCUCUCGGUCGGAAGCUCAAAGAAGCCCUAUAUCUCAAGAGUUCUCUUCAACACCAAUCAUAA